AUGGCAGACGGGACAAGAAUGAAGCAGAUGGAAACGCAGCUACAACAGACGACGACAGCCAUAGCGGAGAUACAGAACCGAGUGGCAUCACUGGAACUAUCGAUUGGAGCGGGAGUCGAUUCCAGAAUCGACCAGGCAAUGGAACGUUGGAGGAUGGAGAGUCGUGAGCAGAACACUCUCUUUCGGGAGCAAAUGAUGGAACAAAUGCAAAUGAUCGUGCGAAUGUUCACUCAACAGCAGCCAUUGAGGCUAUCUCCUGAAUUUCCUCCGCGAGACCGGACGGAGCCCAUAUUUCCAGGAGUAGGGGUAGAACCUCGACCAGGAGGAGCGUCGGAGUUCGAGUUCGAUACGGACACAAUGGGAGAAAAUGUAAGGGAACGGAGACCGGGACUAACAGCCCAUCGACACCAUCCGAACUACCCCACACUGAAGCUUGAGAUUCCUUUAUUUGAAGGAGAGAAUCCGAGGUGGUGGUCGAGAAGGUGCAAACGAGUAUUCUCCCUAUACCAAAUUCCAGAACAGCAAAAAGUCACCAUGGCUUCAGCUUACCUGAAUGAUACGGGGGAUGCUUGGUAUCAAGGGUGGCUCGCGGUCAAGGAAGGGAGCCCUUGGAGUGUGUUCGUAGAAGAUUUGUGUGUAAGGUUCAGAGAUAAGUGCAUGCGGGACAUUAUCGAAGAGUUUAACAAACUCAAACAAGAAGGAACGAUACAGGUAUAUCAGCAAAAGUUCGAGGAGCUUAGAUCGCUGAUGAUGAUACAUAAUCCUCAGCUUUCCAAGGAGUAUUACGUCUCGAGCUUCAUCAGUGGUCUAGGGGAUGAAAUUAGACCCAUGGUGAAGAUGAUGCAACUGCACUCAGUGAAACAGGCAGCCGAGAGUGCAAGGUUACAGGAGAUGAUCGUUGAUGCCAUGACCAAGAAACAAAGGAAUUCGGCGAAAGGGGUGAUCACGGGAGGUUGGCAAGCUGGAAAUAGGUUGCCACCCAGAGAAGGUGGGUUCCAAGGAAGAGGUGUAUUGGCUCUACCGGCCAAUAACUCCGCUUCCGCCCAAGGAGGAAGUCUGAUGGAGCAGAGGCGCGUAGCUGGCCUAUGCUACAAAUGUGGAGACAAAUAUUUCGUAGGCCACAAGUGCAAGAGGCAACUACUGUUGUUGGAAGGGGAAGACGAGGACAAGGAGGAAGAAGAAGAACUUUCGGAAAAUGAGAAGGAGGACCAAGGAGAGAUUUCGCUGCAUGCCUUGAAGGGGGUUAACCAUAGUAAGGUUAUCAAAGUUGAAGGAAAGGUCAAUAGCAAUCCGAUUAUGGUCCUCAUCACUCACAGCUUCUUGGAUGAAGCUGUGGCAAGAAAAUUGGGAUGUAAGGUCAGUCCUUCACUGCCAUUGUCAAUCAUAGUAGCGAACGGCAGCAAGGUGUUGAGCCAGUCCGCCUGUAGGGAUUUCCAUUGGGAGAUGAAUGGAGAAAAAUUUUCAACUGAUUUGAGGUUGCUCAAGCUAGGAGGCUGUGAUGUAGUGCUAGGGGUGGAUUGGAUGAAGGGAGUCAGUCCAAUCAGUUUCGAUUUCAACAAAAUGGAAGUGACUUUCGAGAAAGAUGGCAGCAAGAAGAUUCUAACGAGCAAACCAGAGGUGGGAGUAUGCAAAAUUAUCUCGGGUAAGAGGUUACAAAGGAUACUCAAGAGCAAGUUAUCACAGGUGGCUCAUCUAUUUUCUAUCCAUACCAUGGGUGUUACCCUCGGGGAGGAAGGAGAGGAACUUCAGCGGGCGCGCACACUGAGCAGCACCACCCAUAGUCCAUGGCAGGUACAUGAACUUGACUCCCUUAACAUACUGUUAAUUGAUUAUAAGGACCUCUUUUCUGAACUAAGUUCCUUACCUCCCGAGCGACCCUAUGACCAUGCCAUUAAUCUGAAGCCAAAUACUGAACCAGUAAACCUAAGAGCAUAUCGUUACCCACCCAGACAAAAGACUGAGAUAGAAAAACUCAUAACAGAUAUGCUAAAGAAGUCCAUUAUCCAAACCAGCCAUAGCCCAUUUGCAUCACCUGUAUUGCUUGUUAAAAAAAAGAUGGGUUAUGGAGGUUUUGUGUUGACUACCGUCAACUUAAUGCUAUGA